AUGGAAAAGAUGUUGGCCCAGAAAUCAAACGGAUGGUGUGUUGUCAAGGAAUGCAAUAAAAAUAAUGUGGAAAAACGACACUUGUUUCGGUUUCCAAAGGAACAUGACAGAUGCUUGCAAUGGAUACGUGCGUGUGACAGAUUGGAUUUGGAAGCAAUGGGUGCAGAAUAUGCCCAUUGUAAUUAUCGAGUGUGCCACUUACAUUUUGAAGAAAAGUGGUACAAUAUAAGUAAGACUAGAGCUCAUCUUCAUCCAGAUGCAAUACCUACAAAGUUUUUUGAAAGAAAUAACGAAUCCAUUACGACAACAUUAGUAAAAAUAAAUGAUGAAGAGAAGAUAAAUGAUGAAAUACCUAUAGAAGACAAUAUUUGUAUUUCAGAACACGAUAAAAUAAACAGUGACUUACAGCCAAAAUCAUUCUUGCCUCUAGAGCAGAUACCAAGAUGUGAUAUUGCUAAACCGAGCACGUCCAGCAAUGCACACUCGAUGAGAAGAAAGGAAAGUCCAAGAGAAAAAAAAUUGCAGCAACGAAUUUUCAAAUUAAAAGCAAAAGUAAAAACGAUGGACGAGAGAAACAGACGGCUUCGGAAAAAAAUAAAAGAUUUAACAAAAAAAAAGGACAAUACAAAACCAGAAAAUAAGGAACUUCAAGGUCACGAAGUCCUACGUCAAUUAGGUUAUGAAAUGAAUCUGAAAAGUCAUUUAUUUUAUAAUGUUUCCCAAGACGAAAUAAUUGGAUUCGAAGAUACCGGGAAUGAGAAACUACCAUUACCUGCAAAAAGUGCUUUAGUUAUUAUGGCACGUAGUAUUGCAGCUUCUGAACUUAUUGCAUCAGUGUACACCAGUUCAGAACUUACAGUGGAAAAAGAACAGACCUUGCAAUAA